GGGAGAGAGCAUCAGCACCCUGCACACAUUUCAUUGUCCCAAGGCCAGGAAAGAGCAGGACACAUCUAAUCUUUUCAGAAACAUCGCUUUAAGUCAAAAGAUUAUCUCUUCUUCAUUUUAUCCGGCUCAUAUCGUUCAGCAAUGAAGCGGCAGUGUGAGCGCUGAUCCACAGCGGCUUUGAGUGACACCUGCGCUCACUCCCUUUCACCGGUUCCCCUUUUUUCACAGCUUUUGUCUGGUACACCUCCGCAGUUUCCGACCAGCAGCGCAGGAGUGGACGAGGAAGAGGAGGAGGAGGAGAAGGGAAGAAUAGCGGGGCGUACCUGGCGCCCGCAGCCGCUGGAACAGCCCGGAUCGGCCGCUUUGGGAGUUCCAGUUCAACCGGCGCUUUGUGCAGUUUAAACGGGACACACACAGAAAAGUCCCCCAGAUACAUCAAACCACAAAGAGAACAAGUCAUUUUGAAGGUGGUUUAUUGAAGGUGAGAUGAGGAGCCAAGCAGCAGAAGGGUUGAAGAUGCGCCUCCCUGUGCUUGUGUGCGCUGUAGUGGGUUUCUGUGCGGCACCGGGCUUGGUAUCCGGCGCAGACAGGAGCUGCGGGGACCUGCGACAGUUCUACACCGGGAAGGGUUUCACCCUGGAGGGAGUCCCUCAGACCGAGAUUUCAGGUGAACAUCUCAGGAUGUGUCCUCAGGGUCCAACUUGCUGCACUAGCUCCAUGGAGGAAAACCUGGCCAGUCUGAGCACCCAAGAGACCGAGGGACUGAUCAGAGAGGCCGGCAGGUCCCUGCAGGCUUCUUUCAACUCUCUCCACAGGAGCUUUGACAACUAUUUCACAGAGCUACAUGGUCAAUCUGAGCGCUCACUGCAGGAGGUGCUGUCCCCCCUCGGCUCCUUGUACUCCCAGAACAGCCCUCUGUUUGCAGAGCUCUACAGCGACCUGCGUCAGUACUAUCGGGGCGUCGCCCUCAACCUGGACGAGAACCUGUCUGACUUUUGGUCCCAGCUGCUGGAGCGGACCUUCAAAGCAUCUGCUUCCACAGAUGUCAGCCUGUCAGAGGACUACCUAGAGUGUGUUGCUAAGCAGCAGGAGACGCUCCGGCCCUUUGGAGACAUCCCCCGAGACAUGAAAACGAAGGUGAUCCGGUCUUUUGUCACUGCCAGGUCAUUCGUCCAAGGGCUGUUAGUCAGCGCGGAUGUGGUCAAUAAGGUUUCACAGGUGGCUUUUGCCGAGGAGUGCUCAAAAGCUUUAAUGAAGCUUGUUUACUGUCCUCACUGCCGUGGCUUUGGCUCCGUUAAACCCUGCUCCAACUACUGCUCAAAUGUCAUGAAGGGCUGCCUGGCCAACCAAGCCGACCUGGAUCCAGUGUGGCAGGAGCUCAUAGAUACAAUGAUCCAGGUAGCAUCCAGUUUCAGCACAGAACCCAGUCUGGAUGUGGUUCUUUCUUCCAUCCCAGUGCAAAUUUAUGAAGCUGUGCACUACCUACAAGAAAACAUGGAAACAUUUACAGCUAAAGUGUUUCAAACAUGUGGAACUCCAAGUGAACCAGGAACCGGUAGUCCAGCUGUCCACGAGCAGAAGAAGAAGAGUAGCUCACUGACCGCGUCUCAAAAUAAACCCAACCUAACAGUUGGACUCAGACUGGAAAUGCAGGUGACGGAUCUUUCCAAUAAACUGAGGGAGAUGCGUCAAUACUGGAUCCAGCUCCCUGUAGCACUUUGCAGCAAACUGUCAGCUGGGAGUACCAGUCAGGACAACUGCUGGAAUGGCAUUACCAAAGCCAGGUACCUUCCAGGGGUGAUGGGUGAUGGUCUGGCUAAUCAGAUCAACAACCCAGAAGUCGAACUUGACAUCACAAAGCCAAUUAUGAAAAUCCGGCAGCAGAUCAUGCAACUCAAAAUAAUGAGCAACAGGCUAAAAGAUGCACUGGAAGGCAACGAUGUGGACUUUCAGGAUGCAAGUGAAGAUAUCAGCGGCUCAGGAAGUGGGAUGUGUUUGAGCGCUCAAUGUGCUCGGAACAGACCAGGGUUAUACGCCUACGCACCGGAGACUAACCCUGUUGCAGGAGCAGCGAUGGUUAACAUCAGUGUGUUUAACCUACCACUGCUGCUCCUGUUUACUCUCCUGCUCCUUCAGCGAUGAUGGACCCCUUUGCAGACGCUUUGUAUAAGGCUCUGAGGAGCCUGAGGACUGAACCAUGGGAACUGGGGUUAAAAGGGAGGAUGAAUGAAACAUAACUUUGCCAAAAAGACAUUUUGUCUGACAGAUGAACAUUUUCCCUGACUUGAGGCAAUGAAAAUUGACCAUAUUCUUUACUUUGCCGAGCUUCAAUGUGUUGUAGUUUGAAUGUGAAUUUGUGCGUGAUCAGUGGAUCUUUUAAUGAGGAUGUUUGAGAGAAGACAGUGACAAUGAUGAAUGGUCAUUAUGAAGAAGAUGUCUGUGUAGCUGCAGUUUCCUGUCAGCGGGUGACAAUAUCUAUGGUGCAUUCACCAAGAUUUUUUUUAUUUUCUGUUAUUCAAGUUUUAUGACUUAAUCAGACCAUGUACGCUGUAAAUGUUUGUGUACAUUACCAUAAUGAUUGGCACCAUACUGAGCCAUGAAUGUACAAGAAGAAACUCAACUCACAACGAAAUCCAUGUUACCUAAUGUUAUGAUCAAGACAUAUAAUUUGGUACAUUCAGUUUAAAAUAAUGCCAAAAAAAUCAUCACACUCUGGAAAUGUUGAAACGUGAUUGCAUUAGAUUACCUUACCUUCACUUCAAAACAGGAAAGGAAAAUUUCCCUUUUUAACAGUUGAUUUCAAUUGCAAAUAAGGGAAUAGCCUCACUUAAGCCUCCAAUAAGCAAGAACACAAGU